UUUUUUCCCUUCUUUUCUCGCUCUUGGUUAUUUUGAGCUCUCUUGGGUUUUGUUUCUUUUUUUUCCCCCUUCGUUAAUGUGAGCUUUUUCUUCAUGGAGACGUACUGAAAUCUGUUCUGGUCGUUUGAUUCCGUACCUCUCGUUCGUUACUUUUGUGUCUGUUUUCUUGGUUCUUGAAUCCCGUACUCACUUUUCUUGUUCCUUCCUUUCGUGUCUGUUUUCUUGGUUCGUGAAUCCGUACUCGUAUUUCUUGUUUUAAGCGUUAGGCUCGUCCUCUUCUUUCCAACACUGCUCGCGUGCCAGAACUCUGCGUUCUGAGAGAUGAUUCAGAUAAUUAAUUGCGAGCGUGGGAAUUAAUAUUGGGACAGAGCUUUUAGAGGCAACUGUUUGUCAAAAAUGUGGUGUCACAGGUUACUCAGAGUUUUUAAUUCACUGCAGUAGUUGCAAGAUCGCUGCUGAGCACCGAUAUUGCCUGAACAAGAUGCCAGACAGUAAUGUACUACAAGUGAUUUGGUCGUGUGAGCAGUGCAAAGCUAGGAUUCAUAAGUUAUCUUCUCUUAGCAAGCUUGAACAUGGCAGUAGCAUGAUGUUGAGGAAACGCAAACAUAGUGAUAUUUGUAGAAACAAAUACGGACAUCAGGGGACCCCAUGUGCUGUAAGAUCCCCUUUAAGCUUGAGUUCGCAGAACAAAAAUUUUAGUGGUUUGGAUAAUAGAGGAAGAAGUGGAUUUAAUGAUUCCAUCAGAUUACCUUCCAGUUCCAAUGUAGCAAGGGCGUCAAAAAUUGACCAGGCAUGUGCUGGUUUGCUGCAGAAGGAAAUUCAGAACCUUGUGCAUUCAUCGAGCAAGUCUGUCAGGGAUGACAAGUCAAGAUCUAGAACACAUAGACGGCGAUGGAUCAUAGACGAGGAUGAAGUAAAUGAUGAGAAUUGUAGGUGUUCAUCUAGCAAAGGUAUCGAAGGCGAGAAGCCAGAAAGGAGAUUCUUAAUAAAGGACCAAGAUGAAGCUUUGCCAUCAUUAGAAAAUGCACAAGAUAUUGCUAUCAAGUCAAAAAUACAAAUCAGUGCUGCUGAUGAAGCUUUGAACAAGUUGCAGAAUGGUUCUCUGGAUGCAUCCAAAUCUCAAGCAACGAUGCAGGCUGAAACUCAUGAUGCUGAAAGGAAUAUAUCAGGCCACCAGACAUUUAUUGAUCAUCAAAUUUAUGGACUUGUACGGCCCAUUAUCUUCUGUGUUUGGAGUGGAUCCUUUGGAAUUUGCGAUGACACAUAUGGUCCUAUUAAAGCACAUUUAUCAAACAAAGCGUGUGAGAAAGUUUGCGUUGCUGCAGAAAAAUUGCCACCUGUGCUUCAGAUGGCAAAGUUGGCAAAGUUGGAGGCAUGGCCAAGAAGUUUCGAAAAUUCACCACCUACCGGUGACAACAUUGCUCUAUAUUUUUUUCCAGACAGUACAAGGGCAAAAUCAAUGCUUGGUGAUUUGCUGCGUGAUGUCAUUAGCAAGCAUCUUGUGCUCAAAGUUGUAUUUAAUGAAGCUGAGCUUCUCAUCUUCCCAUCUAUUAUAUUGCCAAAAGUUUACCAUAGAUUUCAAGGAAAUUACUAUUUGUGGGGGGCAUUUAAGAGAAGGCAAGUUUCAGUCCAUAGUGUACCAGCAAGUUGCUGCUCCGGGGCUAAUGACCUCUCAGAGAGAGAAAAAAAAAUGCAGAAUUCUGAACAUGCAGAAGAAAUCAGUUCUCAUUAUGAAAAAUCUGUUGUCGUCCUCGGAAAUGGCAACGUUUCAGCAGAUGGAAGAAGAACAUAUGACUCUGAACCUUCAGGAGGGAAGAAAAAUGUGGAAGCUGUCACCAAUGGCAAAGUUGCAGAAGAGGCAGAAGAAGAGAUCAGUUCUCAUUAUGAAAAAUCUGCUGGCGUCCUCGGAAAUGGCAAAGUUUCAGCAGACGAAAGAAGAACAGAUGACUCUGAACCUUCAGGAGGGAAGAAAAAUGUGGAAGCUGUCAGCAAUGGCAAAGUAGCAGAAGAGGAUCAAAGAACAGAUGACUCUGAAUCUUCAGGAGCGAAGGAAAAUGUGGAAGCUCAGAAAUCAUCUGAUGUUUUCCAAAACAAGAAACAGGAGGAAGCGAAGCAAAAGGUGGAUGGCUUCAAUCUUACAAAAAGGAAGGACCAGGUUGAAGCUUAUGAUGAGAGCUCAUCCAACAUUACAGAUAAUGGCAGUGAUAACAACUUGUCUAACCACUUGCUGAUUUGGGGGAAGAAGAUUCCAUUCAGUGGUAAAGUAGUCGAGUGUCCUGAUGAUCGAACGAUGGGGAACUGGGAACAUGCAAAAGAGGUGAAGGAACAGCUGUUACAUCAUGAGUCCACGGAGAACUGCUUAUCAUUGUUUCCACUGCGAGGGGAGGACAUGGCCAUCAAAUCUAGACUGGGGGGAGACAGUGCGUUGGACCUUGACCUUGGACUUGGCUUGUCUGCAGGUGAUGGGCGUGGCAAGGGCUUGUCCAAUAGGAGAUUCACCGGCCAAUAUAUUCUUGGAUAGAGAUAUCUAGUCGUUACAAUGUUUUUGGUGGGGCGCUUUGCUUUGUGUGUGCAUCUUGCAUGUCCCCCUCUUCCCGUAUUCCCUGCCGUUUUGUUUUCUUGGUUUUAAUCGAAAGCUCGUGUACAUGGUAGGAUCCUCAUGAGUUGCUUGGAUAAGAAGAUAAAGAGUUAAAAAGUUUUGAGAAUGUGGCUGGUGCUUUUUUUUUUUUUGGUAGAAAAGUGCUUUUUUUCAUACAAUAUAUAAUCUAGCGUGGAGGGAAAGUUGUAAAGCCUUAUUUAUUUUUUUUUUUGGUACCCAAUACAGUUUUUGAACCUUUGAUCCUUUGAUGAAGCAUGUAGAAAUAUUGUUCA